AUGCCUGAAGAAGCCGAAGUAGCCGUCCCCAAAGAAAUCGAAGUCGCCGUCCCCAAAGAAGCUGCUGCCCCAGGAGAUGCCGCCUCAGAGCAAAAUUCUGCCCCCGAAGAGACCGUCUCUUCUCACGAAACAUCUGCCACUACUGAGUCUGCUACUUCUGAAGAAACCGCCGCCACCGAAGAAACCACUGUUACUGAAGAAACGUCUCAUCCUUCUGAGGAGACGACUGCUCCGGAGCCAGAUGAGCCACAAGUUGAGGCGACUGCCGGAAAAGAAGAAGCACCGGUCAAUGUCGAAGAGCCUGAGAAGCCCUCCGAGGAAUCUGCGAAGGAAAAUGAGGGCAGUGCCGACGAUAAAGCUGCAUCCGAGAUCAAUGCCCCACCACAUAUCGAGGAGCCCGAGGCAGAAGCCGAUGUGAAGACUGAAGUGGAAAAAGCAGCCCCCUCAUCAGCUGCUGAGCCAAGCCCAUCAACAGACGAUCAUGCUAAAGAGCCUGAAACCGCCGCGGUAGAAGUUGAGCCUGCUGAGAAGGCAGUAGAAGAAGUUCCUGCUGUCCAGGACGCAGUACAAGAGGCCCCAGCGACCGAGAAAGCAGCAGAUAUACCUUCCGCAAGCGAGGAAAUAGCUGGCGAAACUUCAGCCGUCCCAGAUUCUACAGAAGAGGCACCAGGCACUGAAAAGGCAACUGAAGAAUCACCAGUGGUUGACACAACUGUUGCCGAUGCCGCAGAUGCCAAAGAAGACGCCGCUGAUCCAUCAGCUGCCGAGGCUUCUGUUGAACAGGUAGCUGAAGACUCAUCGGCAGUUGAUGAAAAGGCAGUGGAGCCCCAAGCUGUUGAGGAAGCAGUUACUGAACCGCCCGCUGGCGAGAGUGAUGCCAACAAAGCAACUGAAGAAUCGCCGGUGGUCGAUGAACUUUCUUCAGAAGCCCCAGCUAUCAGAGAGGAAAUUUCUGAGCCGCCCACUACAAAAGCCCCUGCUGAAGAGCCUCCUGCUGAGCAUGCACCCACUGCCGGAGAGGCACCUGCUGAUGAGCAAAUUCCUGCUACCGAGUCGACUCCUCCGGCUGAAGAGACCCUUGCUGUUGACGUAGUUCCUUCUGUUGAGGAAACUCCAGCUGCCGAGGAAGUUCCUGUCAUCGAGGAAGCUCCUGCUGCUGAAGAGGCCACUGUUGCUGAGGAGGUCCCCGUUGCUGAGGAGGCUCCUGUUGCUGAGGAGGCUCCUGUUGCUGAGGAGGCUCCUGUUGCUGAGGAGGCUCCUGUUGCUGAGGAGGCUCCUGUUGCUGCAGAGGCCUCUGCCGUUGAAGAGAAGAAGUUCGAAGAGGCAUCAGCACCUCCAGAAGUGGCUGAAAAGACUCUUGCACCCGAGGAGGAAAAACAAAGUGAGCCAGAAGCCAAGAAUGUCGAGGCUAGCCCAGCAGCUGGGGCCGAGCCCGAACCUACCGCAGAAGUUCCUGCCACUGAUGCGACUCCAGUUGCGGCAGCGACGGAAAGCAUCCCUGAGCCUACCCCGGAGGAGAAAUCCGCUCUACCUGCCGAGGAAGAGAAAGACGUGAAGUCACCGGAGGAUGAGGAAGAAGCCAAAGACAAAGUUGGGCCGAUGCCUUCUUCCGAUAAAGGUUCUAAAGGUAAGCAGCAAGUCCAUAUUAGAGUUGCCAACCCUAGCGGCGUCAUGGCGCCUGAGUCUGGUGGAAGCGGACCUGAGAGUGUUUUAGUAGAGGAAGACAACCCCCAGGAUGAGCUCAUUGCACAGCGUGUGGCGGAAGUUGAAACUACUGAGGAUGAUCUUGAUCUGGCUGUGCCAGAUAUUCAGACCAAGACUGAGCUUGACCUGCGCCAAGAUCCAGUUGGUAGCGAACCAUUGAAUCCCAUUCUGGACAAAGCACAGCAGUCGCAAGACCUGGAUCUCCUUGCUUCUGGCACUCCCUCUGGUGCUCUUUUUGGAACGCAUGAAUCUGGCAACCGGGAGACAGAUGUGCCUCAAAGCAUUGAGAUCGCCCAGCCAAUCAUAAGCAGCUCCAACGUCGACUCUUUGGGACAUGGCGGGGUGGCUUCUAUUGCCGCCGCGAGCGAACCCGGCUCUGAUCUCCAUCCGUCGUCCAUUGCCGCUUCACAGGAUUUGGACUCAGCGCAACAGGAGCCAGCAGCUAUAAAUACCGUCGUCGAUGAAAUGUCUAAUCAGGACACAUUCCCUGGCAAAGUGUCCCAAGAUAGAGCACACGACGAUGCGGAGGGUCCGGAUUCUCUUGUUGUUGCCAUGGAGAGCGAUAUAAUCCAAGUGCAGGGAUCUGGCACCCCUGCCAACCAGGAUAGCUCCGAAGUGGUUGGGCUUGAGGAGUUUCCCGAAACUGCUGAUCAAAACACCUCGGGUUCUGAGCAGCAUGAUAAGAAUAUUUCUCUGCCUGUUCAAGUUUCUCGUACCGAACAGCGCAGCCCUCCAGAAGUCACCAUGGCACAGCUAGAAGAGCAAAAAGUCCAAUCAUUGGAGGCACCAGAGUCAGAUCUUUCACAUACACCUAGUCAUACAGCAGCUGUAACAGACGCAGAAACGGAUGCGUCGGUUUCAAGCUCAUGGCACGGCAAAGUUGAGGAGCCCUCUGAUCUUGCAGAGCAGAUCCCAACCCUGCCAGAUACAAUCGCAGAAUCUGGCAGUGCUGCAGACAAAGUCGCCCCGCUCGAUGAAGUCACGCCUAUUGGAAACUCUGCAAAGGACGAGUCUUUGCCCGGUGACGCAGAUGUUCCUCAUAAACAAGAGCAACGACAUCUCGAUGAAAUUCCCACUUUGGUUGGAUCGGGCGAAGUGCACUUGAGCGAGGAGCCCGUGUCUGAACCAAGCGUCGUGCGAAGCGCAGAAAGUGAUGCUGCUGCACCGCACCAAGAGCCAGAGGCACUCAUCUCGGCGACUACACAAUUGGAUGCCGCAGCAACACAGUCUACUGACUUGCUUGAAGCUCAAAGUCCCUUUGCAGACCAGGAUUCUCAGAUCGAGAAAAGUCUUCAAGAGGCAGACGCCGAGACGCCAGCGUCUGUGAACUUCCCAACACAGCAUACCACAAUUCUAGAGCCGCCAGAGCCCGUCUCUGCACUCGACACCGAUAUUCUAGAGCCUGUUCAAAGCAAUGAUCAUGAGUCUCAGUCUAAACCUCAGGAUAAAUUAUUGGCCACAGACAGCGAGCCAGUGCUAGAACCAGAAGGUUCAAGUACAUUGAUUUCACCAACCGAAGAAGUUUCGGAUACUUCCCAACAAGACGAUUCUAUGCAGAUGCACUCAGCAUUGCAGGAAAGUGAGCCUCUUCUGGAAACUCAUCAGCUGGAGAAAGGCUCUGUGAGUGCCCAAGAAACGUCUGUACCAAUUUCUGCAGUGUCGGUCGCAAUCCCAGAAGAGCCACAAGCUCAGCACCUACCAGGCGAAACUGCCCUCGAAGCACCAGACUCACAAGUCGUUCACUCGACGAACGAUUCGAAUGAUCACGAUGCGGAUCCCGAGGCCGCUUUUGUUGGUGCACAAGAACCGGAAGCCGAAACUGCGCACGCCGUCGAUGCGAUUAGCGUCCCAGCCGCUGUGACCCUAGACGAAGCAACAGGUAUUGAACAACACGAGAUGCCUGCUUCUCCUGAGAGUUCUGACUUGCAAAAAUCUGAAGAAUCGAUUGACAAGCAAGACUCGGCGCCAGUAUCUGAGCCAGAACCUGCAUUACCAGAAGCUGCGAUCGAGAACUUGGAGGACGUGAAUCCAGAGGAUGAAUUCGCCGCAGAACCAGUUCAAGUAUCCGGCGCAGCGCCCAUUCCAUCAGAAGAAUCUGAGUCAGAAGUGGGCGCCGUGAAAGACGCGAACAAUAAGCCCCCCGAUGCCUCGGUGCCUGAAGAGUCUGCUCAGGAUUUGCCUCUCGUUCAAACAGAGGAAAAAGAGUUGCCGGAAAGCCCAGCUGCGGCUAUUCCAGAAGCUUCCGUUAGCCUCAAGACGCCCAUCGAGGAUGUGGCGCCGAGUAACUCAGAGCUUAAAGGUAAUGAUAGCCUUGACACUGCAUUGCAUGAGAGCUUAUCAGAACCUACCAUCACACAAGAGUCAAAAUCUUCUGUUGAAGAAGGGCCAAUCCAAUCCCAAAUCAGGGAGGACUCGCCGUUGCCAGAGAUCACAGCUGCAAGCGAAGACGCUACUGUAGAACCUGCUGUGCCCGAGCAUCGUCUGGACAACAAUAUGGCUGUAUCGUUGGAAGAGCCCUCUCAGGAGAUGACCAAAUCUUCUGUGGUAGAUGAGUUACCUGGAGAUCAUGAUCUCUCACCGGUCGAGCAACUCAAACUGGAGUCAAAGCCACGAGAAAUCUCACAUUCUGCGUCAUUAUCGGUCGAUGAGCCUAGCGAGCCUGUUCAAUCAGCUGUCGCACAACAAGCACAUGAACCUCUGCUUGAGGAGACUCAGAAUGAUGUUCCUGCGAUGGAUGACACAACUGAGACUGUUUCAGAAGAACCUGUCGUUCAAGAAAGUGCGAUCGUUCAACCUGCAGAUGAACAGGCCGAAAGGGUAUACCCUAUAUCCCAAGCAGGCGACGCAGCCAUUGAGUCUCUCGAAGCCCCCGAUCACAAACCCCAUUUGGAAGCACCGCAAGAAGAGGUUUUACCUCCGGUGAAGGAGGAUUUGUCUCCAUUGCCACAGGAAGUGGAGACUUCGGCCUCUACAAAAGACUUGCAAGAACAAUCGGAUGCCAUUCUUCAUGAGACAAGCAGCAUUCUGCCGGCUUCCAUCGAAAGGGACGAAUCAGAGGCGUUGGGUGAUGAACCUCACACCCUAGACGUUCAUGAUGAUCAAGAGCAGCUGCCAGGGGAUACUAUCGCAGAAGACUCACAGUUGGCCAAGGAAUCUGUUCCCGAGGUCAGCUCUGAAAGUCAUCUCUCAGAUGCCUCUGUGCCUCACGUCGAAACGGAAAACCUGCCCGAGGACUCUGACAACGAGCAACCUCGCCUGGUUCACAACGAUGACCACCAAGCGCUAGAGGAACAGGAGACUAUUGUUACGGAGCAAGAGGCCGAGCACCCAAGCCCUGAUCAAGCUGAGGCUGAAGACCAUAAAGGCCUGGCUGCGGGCAUCGCCGCUGGUGGUGCUGCAUUGACCGCCGGAGCUGGCGCUCUCGUCAACAAGCUGUCCAAGGCGACCCAGCCAAGCGAGGAGUCGACCCAAGACGAUGUUCCGAGACAUUUGAAGGAGCAAUCGCAACGAGACACUGCUCCGGUAGUACCACCUAGGUCUCCCGCUCGUAGUGUGAGCUCUCAGCUCUCGGCAGAAGAAGAAAACUACACUUUGGAUGAUCGUGAGGCACUGGAUCACUCUGACGCGCUGGCCGAUGCGGCCGUGCCACGAAGUUUGAGCAAAACAAGCAUAAUGAGUCAGUUCCCUCCGAAGGCUGCAUUGGGGAAAAACCGCCAGGUCAAUGCAGCCUACUCACCUCUAGAAUCGUCAAUUAACCGCAAUCAGAUCGCUCUCGAAGAGACUACCAAAGGUUCUCUUACCAGUCCAAUUUUGGUCCAUUCUGGCACGCAAACAGAGCAAGACUCCGUGUCUAGGUUGUCGGGACAAACUGAUCUUGGCGACACUCUAUUGUCAACAAGGUCACUUACACCCGGCAUUGUACUGCCGGAUCUGGCAGAUGCAAAUGCCAAAGCUUUGGGGAGGGCCAGGAGCCUGAGAAGAUCUCGGCGGAGAACCAUCAGAAUGAAUGAGGAGACCGUCGCCGCCGCUGUGGUUAUUCAUGUCGCUGCAAAUAAUUUGAGCUCAUCUUUGGGUCAUCAACUGGGUAGUUCCCAGAUCAAUGAGAACGAUACAAGAACACGGGAAUUGGGAGCUGGUUCGGAAGUGGGCGUUCAAGGUGUUGAGCUAACAAAUAUUGACAACUCUGUGACUGACAACCAUUCAACAGAUGACGAAGGCAAAAAAUCUAGUGAACGGCAUCGCAGAAAGCAUCGGCAUUCAUCAUCGGGGUCCGGAGAAUCCAGGUGGGAUGAGAGCAAGAAAGACAACCAUCGCAAAAGCCGGAGGCUCAGCGAGGCGUCUUCCAAGUCAGAUACCUCGGAUUUGGUCCCUCCUAAGAGAACGGACAGCGGCCCCUCUGAGAGCUCUCGUGGCUCUGGGCGCCAUCGGACUCCAGAGCAGAUAGCGGCGCGUGAAAAGCGUAGACAAGAACGGACUCCGGAACAGCAAGCUGCCCACGACAAGCGGAAAGAAGAGUAUCGCGCUGCUCGAGAGAAGGAACGCGAGCAAGAAGCCAAAGCAAAAGACCCGGAGACUCCGCAAAGCCGCCGGCAUUCUCACCACUCACACCGCACCUCUAGGCGUGAUAGCGUUCAGAGCACCUCGACCCAAGCCGAGAGGACACCGCGAUCCGUGGAGACGCCAAGCACUCCACCAAAGAAGAGCUUCUUCGGUUUCAAGGGCGUGCAGAGUGCUGUGGCGCCCAACUUCGUGUCUAGAGCCUCAGAACCGGCCGUCCCUCAAGCUUCAAAAGAAACCCCAAGACCGGACAGCACAAGGCGCUCAAACACCACGCACGAAACGUCCCGCAGGUCCGAAGAUGUCGCCAAACCUCGUGAACAUAGAUCCUCCCGCGAUCAUGAUCAUCAUCGCCGAUAUAGGAAUCGAGAUCGAUCCGCUGAACGGUCCAAGCCCGUUUCUCGCCCUGCCCAAGAAGUCGAAGACAGUUCUCCUAGCGCAGGUGCAUCAAGGCCCAGAGAGUCUAGGGCUCCAAGAGAGCACAGGGAAUCCCGAGGACCAAAACAAGAGCACCACUCUCGCCGAGAUGAACGACGAAAGACCCGCGAUGAACAGGCAAAGAAGCAAGCCUCGCAACAAGCCGCGCCUACUGGCAUCAAGGGCAUGCUGAAGAAGAUUUUUGCCUGA